AUGAGUACUAACGAAGUCAAGUUAUCCAGCGAUGACCUUAAAAUAAUUCGCGAAAAAAAGUUUGUUCUUUUGAGAUUGAAAGAAGAAUGGGAAUUGGCGAGACAUAAUUUAGUUAAUCGGAAGAGUUUAAUGUUAGGACAUAUUGCAGCAGCUUCACUCACCGUAUUAAUUGGAAUAUGUUUAUUAAUAAUUUUGGAAUACAAUGCCACCAAUAAAGUUUUAAAAAUUGCGACAUCGGGUGUCACUGCCGCUGGUGGUAUUCUAGCUCUCAUAAAGUCCAUUAUGGAUAAGGCUUCAGCAAAUAAAGAUAACAUUACAAAAAUUCUUCAAGUUAUGAAAAGUGAUGGGAAAGAAGGUUCCCAUGAAUUGAUAACUAUAGAAGAUAAGGAAUUGAUAGAUUUAAAAACAGAAAGGCAUGAAAACUAUAUAAAAUUUUUAACCCGUAUUAAUUAUCUUAUCAAGUUAGAAAGGAGAAUUGGUGUAUGGUUCGUUAUUUUAAUGUCAUUACUUGUAAUCGUUUUGGCAAUUAUCACAAUUUUCGUUAGUGUCAGCCCUUUAGAUAUUCCUUUUCCAAAUUUAAGUAUAUAUUUGGCUAUAGGUAUAAUUGUAAGUGGGGCCGUGUGGCUUAUCAAUAUAACCUUAUCACAUUUAAUAGAAUUUUUUGAAAUUGCGUCCAAUAUUCAUUGGAGUAGCGCAGAUGAUACUGAUCACGAUGCACCUAUAGCAUUAUUUUAUUUGUUAAUGAAGAGAACUUAUAUAGUAGGAAAGGAUGUUUACGAAAUGUAUUUUGACGAAUUUAGAACUGGAAAUGAUGACGUGACAUUUUUUGGAACAGAAAUUGAUGCUAGGCCUAUCUUGCAACUUGUUAUGGUACUUGACAAGAAAGUUUGUGAACUAUCCGGCCAUGAAAUUUGUCAUGAACAUGUUGAAAUACUCGUAAAUACUCCAUCCAACGAUCCCAAAACGGAUAAAGAAAUAUUUAAUGAACUUAUUAAGAUACUUGUUAGAAAACCCGGAGGCGGUGGAAAUAGUAAUACUAAUGAAAUUAAUGAUCUUAUUGCAAUACAUGCUAAGCUCAAUGGGUCUAAUGGGAAUGGCAAUCUUACAUCUGAGAAGGAACCCAAAGGGAAUGAUGAAAAUAAUAGUGCUCAUGAAAUUUCCGAACAAACAGAAAAUAACAAUGCUCGUAAAUCUUUUAUUACAAAACUCGAAGAAAUGCUUAAAUGGAAUGAUCAUACACAUUCUGAUAAUAUUAAGCUUGCUGUGAUUAUUGCCCGAAAAAUUUCUUUUGGAGAAACAGAUGAUCAAAACAAAAAAAUUAUAGAAGAUUUUUUAAAGAAACAUGAAACUAAAAGUGACGAGACAGUAGAACAUACUAAUCAGCAUAAUACCGUUGUGAUUCUUGCUGAGAGAUUUAAAGACAUUAUUAUCGACAAAAUAAUUUCAAAAUUUAAAUCUAUUAAUCAUGAUACUAUAAAAGAAUUUAUUUUGAGUAUUGAUAAAGAUAUACUUAUUGAAAUAUUUAAAUCUGAAAUUAAGAAAAAUAAAAAAUUGUUCCCUUGCCAUAAACAUACAAACUUGAAACCUAAAAUUAUCAAGGAUGGGGUUGGCAGUAACAAUGCGGAUGGAUCAGUUAAUAAAAAUGUAAAUGAUAAUAGUAACAAUAAAGAGUCUAACAAUUCUAACGAGAGUAAGCUUAUUGAUUUGGCUAUUACUGUUGCUAAAGAAAUUACUUUAAAUCAAUAUAUAAAAAACAAAUCGAACCUAGCAAAAUCACAAGAAAAAACCGUAUUUGAUGAAUAUAAAAAACAUAAACCAUCAAAUCUUGACGAGGCAUUGAAACUUAAAGAACCUAAAUUUAUUAAACUAUGUCGAGAAUAUACUAAAAUCUACGAUGAAAAUAUGGCAAUUAAAGAUAUAAGAUUAACUCAAAGGCAUAAUCAUGAAAUCAGACGUCUUUUAUGUGGAUUGGAACAUGAUCUCAUCGAAAUUAUUACAGAACAUGAUCACACUGAACAUGAUCACACAAAACAUAUUUACAUCGAAAACACUAUCAAAAAUAACUUUGAGGAAUUCGUUAUAAUGUAG